UAAACAGAGUUUUAUUAAGUUUCAAUUUCACACUCACCUUAAUGAUUUGUAAUAUUUCAUUGUUACAUUUUAUUGUUGAUCUACAUUGCUCUAUGGUCCAGAUUGAUUGUUGACAAAUCUGUAAAAUAGCAAUCAGAAAUGGCAAAAAAAUAAAUUUGAAAAUACACUUCGCUUGUAAUGAUAACUGUCUUGAUGAUUGUUCCAGUCUUUUCAUUUCUUUUGAUUGUUGGUUAGACGAGCUCAAGAUGCCUUAUAAAGACAGGUUAAACCUUACUAUUGGUGCAUUUAAUUUUGAAUUUUCAAAAAUGUUUCACGAGGAAGAUGGUCAAGUGAUUCCUGAUUUGCGUAACUUGAAGGAACUACUGGGAAUAAUUGGUAAUUUUGGUAACUUUGAGAUCACCUUGAAAGCAGCUAAGGAAGAUCGGAUUGGUCAGGCUGAAAAUGGAAAUGAUUACCAGACAGGAGUUCUUGGUAUGUUACAACGAAGGGAAAUUGACAUUUGCUUCUUACCAUUGCCAUUGGAUAUUCCGAAUGCUCCUGGUUACUUCAGUCCCGUAAUCCAUGACGAUGCUUAUUACAUCUACAGCUUUCCUGAAACGUCCUCAAAUAUCACUCAGAAUAUCGGGAAAAGCCUGGAGUCGAUUGAUAUCUCAAUCUGGUUUGCGAUAAUUGGAAUCACUUUUCUCCUUGAACUGUUCCUUCAAUACUUGCCAAAUCUGAAUCAUUUCAAGAGGCCUAAGCAAGUCAAAUGCGGUAAUUUCAUUUCUAAUGUAAAUGAAACAUUGGCUAACAUUGGUUCCACUUUAUUCAACCAAUAUCUUCCUGGUCGGUCAAUCAUUCGAUCAACUCAAGUAAUUGGUAUUAUGUUGAUUACAAUGGUAUUGAGCGCUGCUUUCAGUACCAAUGUUAUUGUUGGUGAUGAUGAAGAAAAGAUUGAAACUUUGAAGGAUGUCGUUAAGCAAAAUAAGAAACCAUUCUUCAUUGAAGGUGAAUCAAUGGCUGAGCUUUUUCAAGAAGGUGUAAACCCAGAUUAUAAAGCUGUUUACAAAAUGGCAGUUCGUGAAGGGACUCAAAAGCCAAUUCCACUCAGUUCAUUGGACCUUUUCUACAACAUGAACCAUGGCAUUGCUUACUUCUGUUCAAAUGAAAUUGCCAGAGCAAUUACAAAAAUAUGCGAAGCAAUGGCUUUAACAGUCCCUGAAAAUCAAUACAAAUCCAUGAAACCAUUUCAUCGAGCAUUGACAGCUUUCUUGAUCAAUCCAGUAAAUCAUUCCAUUGAAAUUAAGAGGAGGCUACAUAAUUUAGCCAUCUCGCAAAUCCAGGGACAAAUGAUCAUUCAGAGUGUAAGAAACAUUAUCAAUGAACUGCUGGUGAAAUCAUAUUUAAAAAUCAGUCCUCAUAAAAUGAUUAUUACUAAGACCAAAUCAGGAGAUGACGCUCGCACAUUUUCCCCUUUGAGUUUAUUUGGGUGUAAAAAUGUCAUCAGAAUUUGGACUUACUUGAUAUCAAUAACAGUCUUGGUUCAAUUUCUUGAAAGUGCCAUUAGUUGGAUUACUAAGAAAUAUGAUUCAACUUCGAGACAAAAUUACUGGAAAAAAGGAAGACAAACCUUUUAUUGAACGUUAAGCAUGAAAAAUGAACAAAAAUUGAAUGUGGAGUUAAAAAUAGACACAUUGUACUUUCUAGUCACCAGCACAAUAAAAUUCAAUCUAGUUACCAAACAAUGUUUUUCAAGUUUAUUUUUGAUUUUUCAUAAAAAACUCAUACUAACUAAGAAUCGGUGUCAGAUGAGUUUUCAAACAAAAAAUUUAUUCAAAAAAUAUGAGCUUAACUUAUUUGAAAGACUAAUCUGAGUUCAAAUAGAUAAAUUUCAUGAGUAUUAAAGGAGCAAAACUCCAAUCAGUUAAACAGUCGAUUAGUACGUGUAGAAGACAGAAUUUGAAAAAUGACGAAGUUUAGCAUUUGAUAUUGCGCGCCCUUCUUUACCAUUGAAAGUUGUUGUUUAUUUUCAAAAGGUGUCUUUUCUGGUUAUUCAUUGUAAAAUAAUUUCUAACUUGUAAACAAAAAGUGAUCUUAUUAUUGUGGCGGAUAUUUUCUGUUUCUCUAUUUAAGAUAAUAUUACUCAAAGAGCGGGACAGGAAAGUAAAUCAAGAUGACUGAAAGGUAUAACAUUCAUUCUCAACUGGAACAUUUACAGUCUAAAUAUAUUGGUACUGGUCAUGCUGAUUCAAGUAAAUAUGAAUGGCUUGUUAAUCAACACCGAGAUACAUAUGCAUCGUAUUUGGGACAUUUCGAUAUUAUAAAUUACUUUGCAAUCGCAGAAAAUGAAUCCAAAGCCCGGAUCACCUUCAAUCUUACAGAGAAACUUGUUCAACCAUGUGGACCACCACCAGAAAAGAUCGAAGACUGAAUUAAAUUCUUAUUUUUAUUUUGGAUUCCAUGCACUUUUUCCACCAAUUGUAAUCAAUCCAUCAUAAUUGUAAUUGAUUAAUCCAAUAAAUCAUUUACAAUCUCACAAAUCUUAUUUUGAUAAUUGUUAAAUGCCAUAUUUAUAUAAAUGAUUUCCAUCUUCAGUCUGAC